UCGCGCUGCCGGAAGUGGCGCCGCGCCGCGCCGAGGCCCCGCAGCCGGGAACGGGCCCAGGCCCAGGCCCAGGCCCAGGCCCGGCCCCGCCAUGGAGACCUGGGUGCGCUUCAGCGCCCAGAGCCAGGCCAAGGAGCGGCUCUUCAGGGCCGCGCAGUACGCCUGUGCGCUGGCGGGGGACACGCUGCGGAGGAACGGGGCGAGCGCCGGGGUCCUGGCCAGCGUCCGGCAGCUGGAGGCUCACCUCAGCCUGGGCCGCAAGCUGCUGCGCCUGGGCAGCUCGGCCGAGGCGCUGGAGGCGGCGAAACGGGCCAUCCACCUGUCAGACAUGGUGCUGCGGUUCUGCGUCACCCUCAGCCACCUGAACAGGGCCAUGUACUUCGCCUGCGACAAUGUCCUCUGGGCCGGGAAGGCGGGGCUGGUCCCCAGCGUGGACCAGGAGAAAUGGAGCCAGAGGUCCUUCAGGUAUUAUCUCUUCGCCCUUGUCGUGAACCUGAGCCGGGACGUCUACGAGAUCCAGAUCCUGAUGGAGCGCGAGGCGGGUGGGAAACGAGCGAAAGGCAGCGAGAACGGGCGCCAGCUCCAGGCUGACAACGGGCUGCAGCAGCUGGGGCUGAGGCUGCAGAUCCAGCUCCGGCUUCUGAUCCACGUCCUGCGGAACAACCCUCCUCUGCUGCUGGACGUGGUGAAAAACGCCUGCGACCUUUUUAUCCCCCUGGACAAGCUGGGGCUGUACAAAACCAACCCGGGUUUUGUGGGGUUGUGUGGCCUCACCUCCUCCAUCCUCUCCAUCCUCACCAUCCUUCAUCCCUGGCUCAAACUGAAGCCUUAGCUGCCAUCAGAGCUUGCCUCUGUGCUCAAAGCCAGCGUAGGCAGAUAUUUGGGAACCCCGGGGGGGGUUUCUCCUGAGGCUGGGUUGUGACUAAUGCUGACUGUCUCGGUCGCGUUGCGUGCAGCUGCGUGUUCACGGCACGCCUGGAUGCUUUAACCAAACAGGCUGUGGAGGAGGGUGGAGGGACUUUGGCGUUGGAGCCGGCGGCGCUCAAUGGACCUUGCUUUGGUUCUCCCUGUUGACUGUGGGGCCUGGCCAGCUGUUUUAGGGGUUUAACGUCUCCCCUCUUUCUUUGGGGGGGGUCUCCUAAUGCGGAGCCACCCACAAGAGAAACACCUGGGGCCGGGGAAGGCGGCCUGGGUCGCUGGGAGCGGGGUUAAGCCACAGGGUGGGGGUGAGUAGCGCUGGCUGGGUGUAUCCAACACCUGUUUCGACACUUUAUUUUCCUUUUAAGAACUCUGAGUGCAGGCAGAGGGGGAGUUGAAAGGACUUUGGUCGUGGAUGAGGCGUCUCCAGCCUAGCGUUUCGAGGUGAACUCGGGGUGAGUCCUGCUCUGCCGGCUGGCGGUGGGUUGGAGGGGACGGCGGCAGCGUGCUUCCCCGUAGGAGAGCAUUCCCUUGCCAGCACCUUCCCCGCGAUCCCGGUGGGAAGCAGCGCCUGUAGGAGUCAUGCCGAGCCCUGGGGUCACUCCCGGCCCUUCCCCGUGGAUUUCUCUGUGCCUGAGAAAGGGACUUGGGCAGCCCGAGCUCUUCCCGGCUGCUGCGAGUGCAUCUGCCUCCCUCCCCCUGCCCGGAGGGAGGUUUGUUUCUCAGAUGUCCUUUUGAGUGGCUUUUUGUGGGAUAAAUCGGGGAGGGGACAGCUCCGUGCUGUGAUUCCUUGCAUCAGUUGUUCCCACCUGCUUUUCCCUUGGAGCUGGUGCUGUCACCUCACUGCACUUUCCCAUUUUCCUUGGUUUCUGUGACACCAGAUGACGGGCAGUGGGCUUAGCCCGGCUCUGGAGCGUGUUUUACUUAACCACAGGCUGAAGGAUACAUUCAGGGCCGGUGUUUAUUAAUAUCCAGAGGUGGGAUUGCCCUGAGAGGGCGAUACGGAGGGAAGGAGUGACCCUGUUUGUUUUAAAAACCCACUGCUGGGGUUUUUCUUGAGCUCCGUGCACAAAGCUUGGGCUUCACAUGCUUCCAGGUACGUCUGCAGCGGCAGAGGCUUGUCCCUGCGCUGGGAAACCUUGCUCCGGAGCGCUGCCUCGGGUUUGUUAGUCCAGCCCCAGCUCCAGGACCCCCCCGGUGCUUUUUCAUUCUGCAUUUCCUGAUUUUUUUGUGGGUUCGGGGGUGACACGGGCGGAGAGAGGCUGAGUCACCGUGGAAGGGUGGAUGCGGGGGUGCCCGGAGCCGCGGUGAGAGGCAAGAGGGAGUUUUGUUGGACUGAAUAAUGCAGGAGGCGGCGGCGGGACUGGGGGUGUCGCGGCUGCAAACUGGGAAGGCACAGGGCGAGGAAUUCAGAUCCCGGCAUUCAGAUGGUGAAAGGAGCCCCCCAGUUCCCCCCCCCCCCCGGCUCACGGUGAAGGGCUCAAGCAGAAUCUCAGCUUGGACUCGGAGACUUUGGACUCUCGGGGGAGAAGGUAAAUCGGUUACAGGAGCGGAAGGCGGCCGGCCCUGGCGCAUCGGUGGCCUCGGCGUGCGGUUAACACGACGCUUGUACCCCGGGAGAGCGAUGCCUGAGGCUGGGACGGUGCAGGGGGGGGCUGCGCGUGGCUCCCGCUCCUGCCUCGCCUGUAAAUACCGUUGUAAAUAGGUGCCUGCACCAAGCACGGUCCCGCGGCGCUUUGCAGAGCUCGUUAUUAAAGCCCGUCUGCUGAGCCGCCGCCGUUUUCCUCCGUCUUCCUGAUCCCGGUGGGAUGAGCACGCAGCCCAGUGCGACCAGUCUGGCUCGGGAUGGGGAGCUGGACUCGCUCCCAGCGUGUGUUUCCCAACAUCCCAGGCAGUGAGUAAGGGGGACACCCCGGGGGCUCAUGUCCUGGCCCCCCCUCCCUGCUGUUUAGGGUCUGUGGCAUUGCUGGGGGCACCCCGCUGCGCCGGCCUCCUGCCCCCAGCACUUUUUGGAACAAAUUGGGGGUGUGGGGGCUUUUCCGCCCCCCCCCGGCAGGACCCUGGGUCUUGCUCUGGCGUUGCCCCAGGAGCAGCAGCCGGAGCUGGCCCUUCUCCCACUGCGUUGCCCACCAGGACUCGGUGUCUCCAUGGCCGGGGGGGGGCGCAGAGCCCACCGUGCUGGGGGUGCGUGGUGGGGGGCAGCUCACCCCCUGUGUCCCUUUCGGCAGCGCCCAGCACCAGGGCGGUGGGCUCCGCUGGGAUCUGGCCCGUGGUGGGGGACGGUGGUGGCGACAGCAUCCCGGCCACCGGCUCCGGCAGCUGCUUCUGUGGGGCUGGGGGCUUCCCCCCGGCACGGGGGGGCUCCUCCAGCUUCUACCGAGCCGUAAAUUCCCCUUAAAAAAGGGAAAAUCCUGCUUAAUUGGGUGCGAUCUUCGUUAACCGGUACCUAUGGCUGGGGCUGGCGGGUGGGCCUGGGGGUCCGGGGGGCCUCACGGUUCUGCCCCGCAGCAGGACACCGAGCUCUGGGGCUCAGCGAGUUUCUGCGUUGCAGGUUGCUGCAAAGCGAUUAAAAAUCAUUCAAUUAACGUA